CAGCGAUCGAGAGAAUGGCGAGAGAAUGGCGAGAGAAUGGCGAGAGAAUGGCGAGAGAAUGGCGAGAGAAUGGCGAGAGAAUGGCGAGAGAAUGGCGAGAGAAUGGCGAGAGAAUGGCGAGAGAAUGGCGAGAGAAUGGCGAGAGAAUGGCGAGAGAAUGGCGAGAGAAUGGCGAGAGAA